AUGUGUGACUCGCCGACCAAUAAAAAGGCGCGAAUGGAUGGCAGGGAACGGAAGACCAGCGCCAGCGGUGAUGAUAGCAAGAGUAGCGGUGGUGGCGGCCAUCACAUGACGACAGCGACCGCACCACUGAACAAACCUACGGCCACCGCCGCCGCUGAGACGUCUGAGUUGGACGACGUGAUCGCUGCGUUGAGAGAGGCCGAGGGUUCGGCCGCCGAAGACGAUAGCAGAGGGCAUACGGACGCCGGCGACAAGUCGUUGACACCGCGCGAGUCGGCCCGACAGCAGCGGACGCGACGUAAGCCGAAACGCUGGGACGACGACGAAGUGGAGGUCGACUUCAGCGGACAGUUGGGUAUUUUGGCCGAGAAUCAGCUCAAGUCCGAAGGCGGCGGCGAACCGACUGUCGGUGAGAGUGAAGCGACGCCCGCGAAGAGCGGUUCCGAUGGUAAUAAUGCGGCCGCAAAACGGCAUUUGGCGGACAAGACUACUAACAACGAGUCGGCUGAUGGCAAACGCCAGAAGGCCAAUGAUUCCCAGAUAUCGUCGCCUAACGAAGACAUAGAUGAUGGCGACGACGAUGAGAGCGGUUCCGACUUUGGCUCCGAAGACGAUCCGGACAAGUUGUGGUGUUUCUGUCGACAGCCACACGACGAACGGUUUAUGAUUGGCUGCGAUUCGUGCGACGAGUGGUUCCACGGGAAGUGUGUCAAUGUGACCAAACAACAGGGUCGAGUGAUGGAAAAGGAGGGCCGCGAGUGGUUGUGCCCGACGUGCGUGAAGGGCAUCGGCGACGGUGUGCCUCGGGAUGAGCUCAAGCGACUGGCGGACGCCAAGCGGACCAAACUGGAGGCCGACGAGCGCGUCAGGGCUCAGACCAAACGCAUCGCACGCGAGAAGUUCCUGAAGCGCGAGAAGACGCGACUCGAAAACGCGGCCAAACAUCGCGAUCGCCGGCGAGACUCGACCGGAGGCGGCGGCGCCGGCACUGAGACAAACAAACGAAGCGCACAAAAGCAAUCGUCCGGUGAUAAGUCAUCGGCGGUACCGACAAAGUCGCCCAACGCUGGGUCGGCGGCGGUCGCUGCCGCGGCCCAACCGCCUGGCGCUACAGCGGCGGCCAUUUUGGCCAAAAAGUUAUCGAUAUCGCAAAUGCCGCCGAAGAAACGCGAACUCCAUCUGCGGCUCGAGACUGAAGAGUCGGAGAAACUGAAGAAACUGAUCAAAUCAUCUAAAAAGGAUCUCAAUAAGAAAAUGGCCAAAAAAUCGGCCAAAGAUGGUUCCCAACGGCGCCGCAAGAGUGACAGCGGAUCCGGUGGUGGCGGCGGCGGUGGCGCAGCAUCCGAGUUGGACUCCAUCUCGAAAGUGGUGCAAAUCGUGCGCAAACCGGAGACCAAAAAGAAACACAAAGACGCCAUCGACUUCUCGGUUCAGGAUCUGUUCAAAGCGGAACCGAUUAAGAAACAGAUGUCGACGGGCACAACGCCGCCCUCCACGCCGGCCACUCCCGGCCCGCAGACACCGUUCGGCCGCAAACAGUCCUCUGACUCGCGCCGAGUGUCGAUUAGUGAGCGCCAGUGUCCGGCCGGUUGCGGCCGUACGGCCACAAACCCGGCGCUCAGCAUAUACUGCAACACAGAGUGUAUCGACACUCACGUGUCGGACAUGUUGAAGGUGUUGCGCGCUCACCGGCGCGAACGGUCCGACUCCGGCUCCAGCCGUGCUAUCAAAGAGCUCGACCGCCGAGUAGUGGUGGUCGAGAAGUCCAGCGGUCGCCUCCUCUCAGGCAAAGAGGCGAUACCCGAGCGCGAAGUGUUGGACUAUAUUAAGAGUAACCAGACGUACGAACUGUUCCGGUCGUCGUCGAUGAAGGACACGACCAUCACUACCAACGCCAACACCUCAUCGUCUAAGAAGAAGGACGAGUCGUCGAGCGCUAAGUCGCCGCUUCUGUCGCCGCAAAAGAGUCAGAGGAAUAGUAGGUCUGACGAGAAGAAUAGGACACCGAUUAGUAGAAGCAAUAGUAGAAGUGGUGCGGACUUCGAGGGCGCGGAUCCGAUUCGGGCCAAUGUGCGGACGACUUUGAAGGACACACUCAUUAACAGAUGCAAGGAAGCGAAUGAGACACUUGUCAGCUCAUCCGACAUCCAGAAGACGGCCAAUCAUAUCGAAGAAGAGCUGUUCAAACUGUUCAAUAAGGACACGAGCGGUAAAUACCGGAACCGAUACCGAUCGUUGCUAUUCAAUCUGAAGGACACGAAGAAUCAGGGAUUGUUCCGCAAAGUGGUCAACGGGAAGAUAUCGCCCGAACGACUGGUGCAGAUGUCGGCCGACGAGUUGGCCAGCAGUGAGUUAGCGAAGUGGAGGGAAAGGGAGAAGAUCUCGAUGUUGGACGCCAUCAAGAGGGACGCCGCCGACAAAGUGAAUCAAGUGAUUGUCAAAAAGACCCAUAAGGGCGAAGAGCUGAUUGAGAGCGGCGGUAUCGUCGGCGAGACCGCCAAUGAGGCCAAACCGGAUGACAGCAAAGCGUCGACACCGACCACUACCUCCACGUCGGGUGUCUCGACACUGCUGGACGACCUGAUGGGCGGCUCCAGCGUCGACACCACAUCCCAACACCGACAGCACCUCUUCUCCAACAACUGUCGCAUCUGUUUGAAUAAACAGACGGACGACACGACUGGCAAAAGUGACUCCAAAUCAGGUCAUCACUCGUCUCGGUUGGGUUCGGAGGGCGCGACGACAACCCCUCGACCGACGCCCAAACGAGUGCGCGUGGACUCGGAGUCGGCCAAUAAGAUACUGUUGGAGGCGGAGAAACUCACAUCGGCGGCCGCAGCGGCGACGGCCGCCACCGUUGCCACCGCUAAGUCGGCGCUGAAGCGCACGGCCAGCGCCGACACCGACGACAACAGUCAAGAACAGCCGACCUCUACGGUGUCGCUGUCGUCGCCGGAAGUGCCCAGCAGUUCGUCGGCCUCGCGGCCCGUCUGGAAGGGCACGAUAUUCAUGCAAGACGUGGCAAAGUUUGCGGCCAACGCCGUCAAAGUGAGCGGCACUGCAGUCGACUAUUUAUCUCAGGACGUGACGGACACGAUAGCCGUGUGCGGCCGCAUAGCACCCGAACAAGUGUUGGAUUACGUGAAGAAACUGAAGUACAGCUCGCGAUCGGAGAUCGGUUUAGUGAAGUUCGUGUCGCGCAAAGAGGACCGCAUCGGUUACGACGCCUUCUUCGAGUACUUGGACUCCAGGGGCCGCUACGGUGUGGUCGGCGGCAGCGGUGGUCUCAAAGACUUCUAUAUACUGCCGCUGCCGAGGAAUAAGGACGUGCCGGACGUGUUGCUACCCUUCGAAGGGCCCGGUCUGGACAAGAAGUCGAUUCGGCCGAACCUACUGUUGGGUAUAAUCAUACGGAGCAAAAAGCACGUGCCAUCGCAGGCGCCGCAAAACUCGACGAACUCCAGGGGCCGGUCG